AUUAACACUACAAAAUGGAGAAAAAUGGUUACGCUGCAGGAGACGGGUUUAACUUUACCUUUGACAAAACUUUUGGGCAGCAUAUUCUCAAGAAUCCACUCGUGGUCAAGAAUUUAGUCGAUAAGACUGCCAUCAAGUCCUCAGAUGUGGUCCUUGAAAUUGGACCAGGAACAGGUAAUUUGACCCAAAUGUUGUGAGAGAAAGCAAAGAAGGUCAUAGCAGUCGAGAUUGACCCAAGAAUGGCUGCGGAAGUUACAAAAAGAAUGAAGAAGUUGGGUUACGGGCAUAAAUUCGAUCUUAUACAUGGGGAUGCUUUGAAAGUUGACUUUCCUUUCUUUGAUGUGUGAGUGGCCAAUCUUCCAUACCAAAUUUCCUCUCCUUUCACUUUCAAAUUACUCGCUCACAGACCUGUGUUCAAAUGUGCUGUUCUGAUGUUUCAAAGAGAGUUUGCUUUGCGACUUGUGGCAAAGCCAGGGAGUAGUCUUUACUGAAGACUGAGUGUCAACGUCCAGCUUUUGUCUAAAUGAGAUCAUAUCAUGAAAGUCUCAAAGAAUAGUUUUAAACCACCUCCAAAGGUCGAGUCUAGUGUUGUUAGGAUUGAGCCAAUAUACCCUCCACCUAAGAUCAACUUUGUUGAGUGGGAUGGCCUUCUAAGAAUCUGCUUUAUGAGGAAGAACAAGACUCUUGGAUCUAUUUUCAGGCAGAAAAAGAUCGUCAAAAUGUUAUUUGAUAACUACAAAAUAUACCAAACUGCGGUGAAUAAUGAAGAGGAGAACAAGGUCGGUGAUGAAGAAGCCCAGGAUUACUCAAAACUUAUGGAAGCUGAUGAAGACAUGCUCAAUGACAUCAAAGGUGAACAGAAGUCGAGUAAGAAGAAGAGUCGUAAGCAAAAGUGCCUCGAAAGACUCCAGAAAUUCAAGCAAAAUGAAGGUGAUGAUGAGAUGUCCGAAAACCCAGAAGAAGAUGAAAAGGAUGAUGACAUGGAUGGUGAGGAAGAAGGAUCCCCUUUGGCAGAAUUCAAGCAGAAAAUAGUCACUAUUUUGGAGGAGGCUAAGCUCACAAAGAAGAGGUCAGCCAAAAUGGACACAACCGACUUUCUCCAACUCCUUAGUGUAUUUAAUGAAGGUGGCAUUCACUUUAGAUAAUUUAUACGAAAAAUGAAUGUUUGAUACCAUACAA